AACCGCGGGUCGACAGCGCAGCUCGGUGAUCCGUCCCACCGCUCCCGGGCUGGGUCCGCCGAAGUCGGGGGCGGGGUGGGCUCUGGAGCCGCUUGGAGGAUUGCAAGUUUCCGCGGGAGCCACUGGGAGGAGCGGCCCUGGACGCUGGGAAGAGUCCAGAUGGCGCAGUGGGAGAUGCUGCAGAAUCUUGACAGCCCCUUCCUGGACCAGUUGCACCAGCUCUAUUCCCGGAGCGUGCUGCCGAUGGAUGUCCGGCAGCACUUGGCCGUCUGGAUUGAAGGCCAGAACUGGAGGGAAGUUGUGCUGGGCAAUGACCAUUCCACGGCCAACAUGCUCUACUUCACCAUCUUGGACCAGCUGAACCAGUGGGACCACUACAGCUCAGACCCGGAUUGUUUCCUACUACAGCAUAACUUGCGGAAGUUCAGCCGGGACAUCCAGACCUUUUCCAAUGGCCCUACCAAGUUGGCGGAGAUGAUCUUUAACCUUCUCCUGGAAGAGAAAAGAAUUCUGAAUCAGGCUCAAAGGACUCAGGAGGUACAAGCCAGGCCAGCUCCUGAAGCAGCAGUGGAAGGCCAGCAGUUUGAGAUUGAAUCCCGAAUCCUGGAUUUAAGGGCUCUGGUUGAGAUAUUUGUGAGGUCCAUCACGCAACUGAAAGACCUGCACGACGUCUUCAGCUUCAGAUACAUGAUUUUCACUCAAAAGAAGACGUCGUCUUUGGAUCCCCAUCAGAACCAACAGCAGCAGCUUGUACAGACGACGGCUAACCAACUGGACAGGAUGAGAAAGGAGGUGCUGGAUACCUCCAAAGCCCUUGUAGGCCGAUUAACCACCCUGGUCGACCUGUUGCUGCCGAAACUGGACGAGUGGAGGGUGCAGCAGCAGAGGUCCUGCAUCGGAGCGCCACCCCCGGAGCUGCAGCUGGAACAGCUGGAACGGUGGUUGACGGAUGGCGCAAGACUCUUGUUCCACCUUCGGCAGCUGCUACAACAGCUGAAAGAGAUGAGCCAGAGUCUUCACUACGAGGGUGACAUGUCUAGGCAAGGCGUGGACCUGCAGAAUGCCCAGGUCACAGAGCUGCUACAGCGCCUGCUCCAAAGGUCCUUUGUGGUGGAGACCCAGCCCUGCAUGCCCCAAACUCCCCACCGACCCCUCAUCCUGAAGACCGGGAGCAAGUUCACUGUCCGACCAAGGCUGCUGGUGAGGCUCCAGGAGGGCAAUGAAUCACUCAAAGCAGAAGUCUUCAUUGACAGGAAUUCAGAGUUACCAGGCUUCCGGAAGUUCAACAUUCUGACCUCAAACCAUAAAUCCCUGACGCCUGAGGAGGGCCAGAGACAAGGCUUGAUUUGGGACUUUGGCUUCUUGACGCUGGUGGAGCAACGCUCUGUGGGUACAGGGAAAGGUAACAGUAAGGGGCCGCUGGCCGUGACGGAGGAGCUGCACACCAUCAACUUCACGGUGCAGUACGUGUACCAGGGUCUGAAGAUGGAGCUGAAGACGGACACGCUCCCUGUGGUGAUCAUUUCUAACAUGAACCAGCUCUCCAUUGCCUGGGCCUCGGUUCUCUGGUUCAACAUGCUCAGCUCAACCCCCCAGAACCCCCAGUUCUUCUGCCAGCCCCCUAAAGCCCCCUGGAGCUUGCUGGGGCCUGUCCUUAGUUGGCAGUUCUCCUCCUACAUUGGCCGAGGCCUCAAUUCUGAGCAGCUGGGCAUGCUGAGGAACAAGCUAUUCGGAAAGAACUGCAAGAUGGAGGAAGCAUCAUUGUCCUGGGUAGACUUCUAUAAGCGAGAGAGCCCCCCUGGCAAGAUCCCUUUCUGGACAUGGCUGGACAAGAUUCUGGAGCUGGUCCACGACCACCUGAAGGAUCUCUGGAAUGAUGGGCACAUCAUGGGCUUCGUGAGCCGGAGCCAGGAACGCCGACUCCUGAAGAAGACGGUCUCCGGCACCUUUCUCCUGCGCUUCAGCGAAACUUCGGAAGGGGGCAUCACUUGCUCUUGGGUGGAACACCAAGAUGAUGAUAAAGUGCUCAUCUACUCCGUGCAGCCCUACACCAAGGAAGUGCUACAGAGACUCCCCCUGACAGAAAUCAUCCACCACUACCAGGUUCUCGCCGAAGAGAACAUCCCUGAGAAUCCGCUACGAUUCCUCUACCCCAGAACCCCUCGGGAUGAAGCUUUUGGGCGCUACUACCAGGAAAAAGUUAAUUUUGAAGAACAGAGGAAAUACUUGAAACAGAGGUUCAUUGUGAUCUCUAACAGACAUGUGGACGAGCUGCAGCAGCCUCUGGAGCUUAAACAGGAGCCCGAGCCGGAUUCAUUAGAGCUAAACGCGGAGCUCAUGUCCCCGAUGGAGUUAGAACAGGACCUGGAGUUACAGACACUGCUGAACACAGGGCUGGAUCUGGGGACGGAGCUGGAACUAAACCCCACACUCCGUGUGGCCCCACAAACAAUGCUGGAGCCAGACCCCAGACCUGUACCGCAGCUCUUGCCAGAGUCAGGGUUACCUGAUGACCUGCAGCAUUUGAACGUGGACGAUAUGGAAAUCUUCAGGGAAAGCGUAAAUAUUGAUGAUAUCAUGCCCCAUGAUGACCCGCUGUUGGCUGGCCAGAACGUCAUAGAUGAAGCCUGCAUAUCCCGCCGAAGCCAUUUUGAUGUGGAUGGACCCUUGCUUCCCUCGGAUGACUAGGAGCCACGUUCCCGUUUGGUCCCUCUGACCUCCCGCACCAGGACAUUGCUUCCAACAGUGGGAAAUGAGGCCUUCUAAGCUGGGUUAGCCGUGAACUUCGGAGUAAUAGGUGGAAGUAUAAGAUGGCUUUGAAGGAGCAGCAACGAAUCAGAACAGACGCUGGCCAUAGUCUUACUAGAACCUUGAGGCUGCCUGCCAUGCUGGGAGACACAGAGGCCCUGACGGGGGCAAGCCAGGACAUUUGGGAGAUUAUCAGAGAUUAUCCAAGGCAGUGAUGUCUUUCCAGUAUGGAAGGAUUUUAAUGGUUUGAUGAUCGGUAAGGCUAAAUUGGUGUGAACCAUGGUUGGGUCUUUGUGGAGAGCACAGAAAUGGGUGGAGUCUUGCUCUUCCUCCCCUUUUGCUAUCCUGGGUCCUUGCCAAACCCAGAGUCUCACCCAUGGCAACCACGACGGCACUGAGCCAUACCCCAAGUCCUUCAGUCCUCACUUCCGGUCCAACCUGACCCUUUCCUCGUCUCCUCCCUUCGCUCCUGACUCCAUUUCUAAAUCUCCCGUUUUCCUAGAGAGGCCGAGAGCUGUCUGCUUCAGCCCAGCCUGUGAAACGCUAUCCCGAGGAAGGGCGUGGCUAUCCCGAGGAAGGGCGUGGCCAUCCCGAGGAAGGGCGUGGCUAUCCCGAGGAAGGGCGUGGCCAUCCCGAGGAAGGGCGUGGCACGUCCCAUUCCUCCCAGCCGUCCCCUGCCCCGUUCAGUUCCUCCCCCACAAAAUAACCCUACUCCUCUUACCAAGAUGUGAAGCUUUGCUCUGUUAGGGAGGCUCGUCUCUGCUUCCCCAGUUCUGGAGAGAAUGGCUCCUGGUCUGGGCGGUAAGGUUUCUGAGCAUCGGGACUUGAUGGUUACGGUACUCCGCAGAGUGUCUGGAGAGAAGUGCUGCUUCUGAGCUGACUGACUCAUACGUUGUCACUGCUGCUUUUCUACCUUGUUAACAUGAAAGCGACGCUUCUGUCCCUUAGGCGUGACCUGGGCAAGGACCUCGGGGCCUGGAAGGUUUAUCAGAGGCCCCUGGACAUCCUUCAGCCUUAGCCAUUCAUUGCCAGGCAACCUGGGAGCACCCGCCACUGCUCUAACCACUGCUCUAACCCGAGUGGUCAGUGGACACAGGGGAACAUGCUGUGACCGUUUCCUUCCUGGUGUGUCAGAAGAAGAGUCCUGUUCAGGAAGGGUUAAUAACGGUGGGGGGAGGGGACAGCAGUUGCUGUGUCCAGCCAUGAAGGUGGCAUGAGCAAACCAGAAACCAAGGAGCUAGAUAAGGAAGACACACAGAGAGGAGCAGAGGAAACUCAGGGAGGUAAAAGCGAAAGUCGUAAGAGGAAGGCCCCCCGGCCAACAGAUGGAAGGUAAGAAAUCCAGUGGAAGGUAGGUGGCGGUGGUGGCGCACACCUUUAAUCCCAGCACUCAGAGGCAGGUGGAUUUCUGUGAGCUCAAAGCCAGCCUGGUCUACAAAGUGAGUUCUAGGACAGGCAGGGCUACACAGGAAAACCCUGUCUCCGAAGAAAAGAAAGAAAAAGCGGCAAAACCAGGCAGGGUGAUACAUGCCUUUAAUCCCAGCGCUCAAGUGGAAGGUGGAUCUUUCUGAGUUUUGAGCCAGCCAGGGUGACGUAGUGGGACCCAGAGAGAGGCUGCUCUGUGCCCGAGAUGAUGGUAACGCGUCGUCCCGUCCUUUGUAAGUACCUCCGUUCCUGCUGUAGCACCUUUCAUCGUUUGCUGCCUAUAGCUGGAGUGAACUAUUGUCUCGAGUCUUUUGUACAUCAUAAUAAACUUUUGUUAGACAAACAACAACCAAAAAAAACAAAAACAAACAAACAAAA